UUCAGAAAUCAUGUCUACGCCAUUGGUAUAUAAUAUAAUAUACGCACACCAUGAUAUGUUAUAGAUUUUAAUAAUUGACGAGAAAAACACAUUCGGUGGCCAUAGUGACGAAGUAAUGAAUGUCGUUAUAUACUUUAAUAAUAUUGUAGGAAAGAAUCACUUUCGAUUCGAUCAUUGACAUACCUACCUACGUAUCGAUCACUAAUCGCUAUAUAGUUUUAUGUCCAUCUAUAUCCAUACUGAACUAUACCUAUCUUCACUCUUGCUUUUAAUACACCAAACUAUAUACCUAUAUACCUAUAUACCUACAUAUUAUAUACAGUAUACACCAUCGGAGGCUGAUCAACUCACGAAAGACAAGACACCUGCAGAAAUGCCUAUAUAUGCAAUUAUUGAAUAAUAUAUAUAUAGCUCCAGUGCAGUAGUCAUCAAGUAGGUACCUACUAUACCUACCUAUACUUAAACGUUAUACCUAAACAUCUAAAGUCUAAAUAAUACCAACGGUAUAUUAUUACCUAUAUAUUGAUCGACUACUUUAAUUACUAUACACGUUCAAAGUUAACGAACACCUACGUAGGUACAAGAAUUCACCUGUGCGACCUGUAUACAUCAAUGGGUUCGACGGACGUCAUCGCCAGAGUCAGUGCGUUUGGCGGCAAAUGGGUGUCAUUGACGUGCGAUAGCGAACGGUUCGACAUCGACAGUGGCCGUGUGCGUUGUCAGUACACGGUGGCCGAUUACAUGUCCGCAGUGGACGGGGCCGCGGUGAUCGUCGUGCCGGCUACGUUCCUUUACGCAUCGCAAAUGGUAGCGCAUGUCGUCUUGCCCGGCAGCGGCCGCGGACACGCCGACGUGACCGUCCGUCGGUGGGCCGUCCGGUGUGCUCGACCGUAUCGGUUCGCGUACGUCGAUGGCCGGCGCUACGAAGUGUUGGGCGUCAGCGACGCGUUCACGUUCGUCCACUGCAGCGGUGGAUCGUGUGACUGCGGCGCAGAUUUCCGAAUGGUCCUGCCAGUUCUGCAGGCCGACGAUCAUCGAACGACUGACCACACGAUGAGCGCGUUCGUUUCGGCACUGAUGGACACGCGGUCCAGCGCCUGUCCGGUCUGCAAUGUGCCGUCCAAUCAUCGACAAGUGUUGGAGUACUUGACUACAAACAUCGAUCGGUUGUCCGCCGUUCAUUCAAACAUCAACAGGGAUCACAUCAAGCAAACCGAAUGUCUGAACGACUGUACAUCGUUAUUGGAGUUCCAGCAUAUGAAAAUAAAAAUGUUGAAUCGAGAAACGGAAAAUUGUCAACGGUUUGCGGAUGAUUUAGUAUCGAGUCUGUUGAAAAACCGCAAAGCCAUUUUCAAGACAGGCAUUCAUACGAUUUACGUAAAGAUGGACGAAACUCCCGAAAACGAACCUUCAGCAAGUGAAUAUUUUAUGGACUCCGUUAUUAAUUCACAAAAACAAACGAUUGUGAAGUUGACGUCAAUAUACAAAGAAAUAACCAUUAUGAUGAAUACGAUGCAAUUAUUUGCAAAAGUAUUAUAAUUAUUUGCAUUGGAAAAAAAACUUAUAAACAAUAAUUAUUAAUAGUUAAUAUCUUAUAUAAACAAA